AUGCUCAACACACCCAUUCUUGUAAUUGGGGCCACAGGAUAUAUUGGCGGCGAGUUCCUCGCCCGCUUUUUCAAGCAUCCCGACAUCAAUGAGUACGAGAUCACCUGCUAUGUUCGUAGCGCUGACAAGGCCAAACUCCUCGAGUCCAAAUUCGGCGUACAUACCGCUGUCGGGUCUUUUCGGGAGCUUGAGAAGAUAGAGAUUCUCGCGGAGAACGCUCACAUCAUCAUCAAUUUAGGCGAUUCUGAUGAUGACGAGCUCACAAGGGCCUUUUUACGGGGUCUCCAUAAGAGACACGAGAAGCUCGGCGAUGUGCCGAUCUUUAUCCACACUUCCGGCACGGGCACCCUCACGGACAGUGGGCGCGGCGUGCGCGACAGCGAUAUAAUCUACAGCGACCUCAACAUCGAGCAGAUAAAGUCCAUCCCGGAUACCGCCGUCCAUCGCAACGUUGACGGCCUCAUCGCACGCGAGGACGCCAAAGGAUACUUCCGCGGAUACAUCAUAGUCCCCUCCACCGUCUACGCGAUUGCGAAGAACCCUCUGGUCGAAGCCGGCAUCGCCAAUGCGCACUCCGUCCAGAUCCCCAUGUUCAUCAGGGCCGCGCUGAAGAGGAAGCGUGCCGGAAUGGUUGGGCUGGGGAAGGGGACUAUGCUGGACAUUCAUAUCGAGGACCUGUCCGAACUCUACAUCGUCGUCUUCGACGCCAUCGCCGCCGCCACGGCCGGUCACGGCUGGGAAGGCUUCUACUUCGCCGAGAACGGCGAGCACAACUGGUAUCAGAUCGCCCGCGCGAUCGGCGAGGCUAUGCUUGACCUCAGGCUCACCGACAACGCGGAGCCGACGUCUUUCAAGGCUCCGGAGGAGCUCGUCGACGCGUUCGGGCUCGAGGAGUACGGGUGGUACCACGGCUGCAAUGGGCGGGCGCGGGCAGACCGUGCGCGCGCGCUCGGGUGGAAGGCCAAGUACACGACGGCAGACAUGCUUGCGAGCGUCCGGCCGGAGGUGGAGUAUUGGGCGAAGAGGCAUGCGGAGGGGUCGUUGACGGGCAGGGAGAACAAGUUGGAUGAGAGCUGGGUGGGGGUCGUCCGGCAACUCAGGGCGUCGAACAAGUAG